AUGGCCUUUGCAUCUUCUACCAUUCGGUCGAAGAGGUCGGCGACUGGACCUCCUAGCGAACAACUGGCGCUCCUCCAAGGCGGUGGGCGAGGGGGAGUCCCGGACUCUGGUGUUCGACGGUCAAAGAGGCUCUUGUCUUGCCACGACUUCGAUCAGCUGGUCGGUUAUUCUGGUGGAGCGUCGAUGGCUCUCCGUGCGUGUACGCUGUCGAAUAGGGAGGCUUCAGGUCGGCCUACUUUAGAACCAGACCAGCCGGUGGGUAGCACUGAUAGUACCUCAUCGGAUGAUGACUUCCAAACGGCGCCUCGUGGGUUUGUGGAGGCAGAUCGUAGGGGCACUGGGGUGGAUGUAGGAAUGGCCAAAGACGGAAGGGCACCAGUGGGGGUUUUCAAAGAGUUCCUCACGAUUAAGACUCGGUGUAGGCCUAAACCACUUGUGUGUGCUAUAAAAGACUUCAAUUCACGUCAAUGUGAAGUGGUUAGGGAGAUUGGAUUUGGGGGUGUGCUUGAACUUCAGGUUACAAAUGCACCGUUAAGGUUGGGUUACUGGUUGGUCACCAACUUCCACCCAGAAGAUAUGUCUGUGCACUUGCCAAAUGGUAUGAAGUUACUACUCACUAAGGAUGAUGUAGCAGCAACAUUGGGUCUACCAUGUGGGCCGAUCACUAUUACAGAACGGGAUAGCCAGGUUGUAGGGCCAUAUUUGCGACAAUGGAGGGAUAAGUUAUGUCAACCUGAGGGGGAUGUGACGGUGAAGGCACUAUGCAAUGCGAUGUUGAGGUGCAAAGAUGGAGAUGUGUGGUUCAAGCGACAUUUCAGUGUCGUGGUAGUCAGCACUCUCUUUGCAAGUGAGCAUAAUGGGUAUGUCAACCAGAAGAUAGUCCAUAUGUUGCAUGAUGUUGAUCGGAUAGCUGAUUUAGAUUGGUGUGGGUUUUUGUUGAAAAAAUUGGUCAACUGUCAUGAGGAUUGGUCUCAACGUAAGCGUCUCAGGUUACCCCUCCACCAUUGCAAGGGGGUAUGUUACCCCUCCACCACAGGUUAA